AGAUGUGCUGGAGCAGUACGAAGACUACUCUACUGGUGGUCGCCGUUAUUUGCAUGUGCAUGAACGGGUUCAAUCUGGUGUCAAGAAUGACGGGAAUUGAGGACAAGAUUCGGGAAGAGAAAUAUUCCUCCUACCUCCCGGAUGUCACCGAUAUCUCUAAAUGGGUAAACGGUCGCGAGAACUCCGACCACAUCACCGAGGGCCUGGCGGGAGUGAGCUUGAUCUUCGACUUCAUACUUUUGGGAGGCGCAAUAAAGGAAAGCGCUGGCAUGAUCCAGAUAUCGGGCAUAUGGGGCUCCUUCGACUGCGUCGCGGACGCCGUUAUAGGAUUUCUGGCGGCAAACUACACCCUUCCCAGUUUCGUGAGUGCUCUCCUUGAAAGAGUAGCUUUGCAUUUCGCGACGUAGCCCGCAACGUGUAGUGAAGUUCUUGCGACUGCUUGACUGGCACCGGAGACGGGUAGCUGCUGUCGAAGAGGCGUUUAUCCCGUUUUUAUUUACCACACCUUUUACAUGCCCUGUACUUGCUGUCGGAAAUAAAAUCAAACUGAUGACUUGCCCAGUGCUCUGGCAGGCGUAGUCGUGGG